AUGCUGCCGCUAGUGCGGCGGCGACUAGAGCUUGUUGGCUCAGCGAACCGAAGCCUACUGCCGAGCGGCUCGGACUCUGAAGAAACGCUCGCCACCCUCGAGUGGCUCGCGAAGAAGGCGCUGCUCCGCCAGGACGCCAUGCUACUCGGCGAGUCGGUCGGCACCCUCCGUUCGCUGGCUUUCCGCUUUUGCGAGGUGACAGGCCGCGAAGCUGAGCACGUCUCCAUCUCGCGUGACACGACCGAGUCGGACCUCAAGCAGCGGCGCGAGAUCCGUGGAGGCUCUGUCGUCUAUUCAGACCUUCCGGUGGUGCAAGCCGCGGUCAACGGGCGGGUCCGCUGCCACGACGACUUCCUCGUGCUCGUCAUCGGUCUGCCCGUGCCUCGCUUCCCGGGCGCGCCUCUCGACCCGCCGCUCCGCUCCCGCUUCCAGUCGAUCGCUCGCUUGAGCGCGGCUUUCCCCGCGGCGCCGCUGCCGCAGCUGCUGCCGCGCGCGCUGCCGCCGCACCCAAAGGUGUCUGAGAUGCUGCGCCACUUCGAGCUCGCCCUUCCCGGUGACGAGGCGCUCUCCGCCCCGGCGGGAGGGUACCAAGUCUCGACGCUGCGGCCGGCGGAGCUGCUUCCGGAGGGGUCCGAUAACGACCCGGCCAGGACGGCGCUCGUCGAGUGGAGGCACAGUGGCGGCGGCGACGUGACUAGCGUGGUCGGCUGCGGCGAGCACUUUGGCAGCGCCGACGCCGCCGCCCUCGCCGGCCCCAUCCUCGACACUUCCUAG